AUGAAACGAAGGAUCACAUUUAUUCAACGCCCCGAUGCGCCUUUCGAGGCCGACCAAGCGGCCUUGACCUCCAAGUCUCUCACGAUCCGCAAUCUGGACGCCGCCCGUGAAGACCGCAUCACGUUCGGCCUCGACGACCUUCCACAGGAGCUCCGCGACGUUCUUCAACAGUCGCACGAACUCCGCUUCCGAUGGACGACCGAGCGGUCCUACGACGCCGUCGCGCCCUUUGCCAGUCGAGUCUCGCCCGGCCUACACAUACACUAUACCCCUCUAGCGGCUGAACAGUCUUCAGAGGCGCUAUGCUCGCUGCUCCGCACUGUGUUUAGCACAGGCGAGGGGCAAGAGUACGGAGUGGACUGCCUGAAACCAGAGGACACAUUCAUCACACCCCCGCUCCUAUCCACCAGAUUCGCCGCGUCGGCCUCUCUUCAGUUCUACACCCAGCUCCCCUCCCUACAGCCUCUCGUCGAUUUUAUCAAGAAGUCUGCUUGCAGCCAACGCAAGGUUGGUGAUACCGAGUGCAAUGAGCGCGCGGCCUCCCUGCUCACGGCCGACACGGUCGAUAUCGACUAUGAUAGCAUCUCACACGCCCUGACCGUGUCGACUAUCUGGGCCAAUGCACCUAGUGGAGGCUGGACAGAAGAUAUUCAAAAGCCUUCAUCAGGCGCGGAUCAGGUCGAGUUUGGGCUUUUGGGCACCGAGCUAGGCCUCGAACCGCAGGAGAUCAAGAUGGGCGGGCUGCUGGCUGUUGUUGGACAGGAUAAGAAGAUGAAGCCCACCAUGUUCUCCUUCCCCUCGCGACACCACCCGCUCCCCAAGGAAGCGGGAUAUACCGUUUCGUUCUCCACUCCGACGGGUCUUCACCCAACAAUGGCCAUCUCUAUUUCCAAAGCCGCGCUAGAGCGACCUCCAGCACCGAGCGACGCAACCUGCGCACUACACACAUACCUCACGCUUCCAUCCUCUGUCUUCGGAGAUCAGUACCAGCUCGGAACCACCGAUCCGCUCUUCCUAGAAUCACACAAUCUCGCAGCACUGCGAGCUGUCUCGGGUGAAACAGACCUCGAAGCUCCAGACUGGGCUGUUGAGCGCUGGGGUUCGAAUUGGCUUUUCGAACUUGCUACUUGGUCCCCAGACCCGGCCCAGUCUAAUUUCACGGCAACUAUUCCUCUACACCUACGUUAUCUCGAACCUUCUGAAUCGGGAUAUCAGACUGCAAAUGUACCCUGGCCGGUCGCUUUCUGGGCUUGCACUGCUGAGGAUGGGACUAAGAUGGGUGUCAACCCAUUCGACCGCACGAAUCUGGGUUGGGACGGUCUGUUCGGUCCGCGCACUAUGUUUUACCAGCUGCAUCCUGAGUCUGAGCAUCUCAUUGAGUCAGUGGAGGUACCAGUUCUCAAGCUUACAGGCCAAGGCAUGUUCAAGGCGAAGAACAUUGAGCUGGGAACAUGCGUUGCUAUUUUGCUCGGUUUCCUUUGGGUGCUGUGGCGCCUUGUCCGCGUGGCAUGGUCCUCCGGUAUCAGCUCUGAGAAGCGACCUGUGCGAUCUGACGGACAUGACAAGAAAGACUAA